CUGUUGAACAGACUGUCAGCUGCAGUGUACUGGUGUCAUCUCAAGAUCAUUGCUCACAAGCCCCAUCAAGAGAAAGAGAACAGGGAACAGCAAGAUGGGGUUAUUUGGAGAGGCUUUGAUCCUCUCUUUUCUAGUCCAGUGGACUACAGGUUCUGUGCUGUUAGAAUUUACAGUAAUGUCCCAGGAUAUGAUGGACGUGCCAGUUAACCAGUCAGCAAUAAGCUUUCCGAGACCACCUGCAGACUUCAGGGAAAUGGCCAAGAAACUGAUGAGCACAUGCUUCCACAGAGGUUUCCAGGUGCCUGUAAUGAACAAUUCACUGAACAGCUCAUAUGGACACAUGAUGGAGAGCCCCAUCUCUAUUUUUCCAGAACUUCUCUCCUCACUCCCUCAAUCUUUCCCCUCUCACUCCAGCCUGUCGUCCAAUGAAUCGACAGGAGAACAGUACACAGCCUGGAACUUUGCUGAGAAGAUGCAGAACUGCACCAACAUGGGCCAUAUGAUUGAUCUCAUGAAGAAUAGUACGGAAGGCCCUCGUUGUUUCAUGCGGGCAUUCAUGGCUCCUCUUUCCUGGAUGAUCAUCAUGCAGAAUGGAACAGAACUCAACAAAGAAGAUCUAACGAAGUUUUUAUGGGUGGCUAAACCCUUCUUAGAAACAAUGCCUCCAUCUAGCUUUAUGCUGCCAGCAUUUUCACAAAGCUCUCAUCUGGCUGAAAUGAUGAAGACGUUCGGUGAGGUGUUCAGCGUUCUGUCUGAGGGACAGAGAAAUGCAAUUAUAGAGUGGGUCAAAGAGAGAGUUGCACAAAAUGAAUUUAACUGCCUUCUGAAACCACCUGCCAUCAGCAACCUGCUGCAAAAACCUAACAAAGAUGCUUCAUCAGUCGAGGCAGUGAUGAGUGCACCAAGAGCUCCAGGGAAUCCACAUCUAGUGAUGAAUGCAACCCCUCAAUGUCCCUCUAAAAUGCCCUGGCUAAAGGCUAAUGUGUUGAAAAUGAUGGGGCCUUUCCUAUCUCGUCUGUCUUUAGAGGAAGCAAAAACCAUCCCUAAAGAACAGCUUUGUGAGUUUUUCAGGACUCCAGAUUUCUCUCCAUCAUUUCAAAAUGUUAGUGGAAUACAGCCCAACCUUGGACGAACAUUUUUUCAACGCUUGAAGCAAGAGUGUUCCAGCAGCGACAAUUUCACUUACUACAUGGACAGGCUGGGCUCUCUGGCUUGUUUCUUUGAUGGUGCACCUUCUCUGAAUCUGAAUCUUAGUAGAAAACUGCUGUCUCAGAUUGAUAACUGUAACAACCCUGAAAUAGAAAAGGUGAAAAGACAGCUAGUACAGAACAUUCUGAAAGAUGACAGUUCUUCCUCUCCUGAGAUUCUGAAUUCUCUGGGAUCCGCCGUCUCUGUGCUUCCUCUUUCUAAGCUGUCCCGCUUCACCCCUGAGGAACUGAACAACACCCUGACCAGCUUGAGUCAGGUCAACUGGAGCCCAGCUCAAGCGAAGACUCUUGCUAAGAAACUGUUGGAAUCUGCUAAGAAUAUAAGUGGUGAGAAGCUGUUGUCUCUGGGUACAAUGGUAAGAGGGGUGGCCAGUUCCCUUCUCAAGAACGUGAAGGCAGAAGGGCUGCUGGGGAAUGAAUCUCUGAAAAAUAUGAGUGAGAAGAUGUCCUCCCUACAAAGAACAGCGCUACUGGAAGCGUUCCGUCGUGAUGUAAAUGCAUCUGAACUGGUGAAGGGGUUGCCAGAUUCUCUCCUCUCUUCUGUGUCUCUGUCCACACUGGAGAAAGCAAACCUCAGCUCUGUGGAUCAGCUGCAGGGACGCGGCUGGACUCGUGCUCAAUCUGCUUUCCUUUUGAAGAAUAUUUUGGGUAAUAAGAUCAACCUUGGCCAAUUACGGAAGCUGGGUCAGGCUGUACAGGGUGUCACGUGUGAAAUGAUUGAAAAAAUCAAUCGAACUGAUGCUUUGGAAAUGGCACAGACACUUAACAAAUCCUGUGUGUGGCUCUCGAGGGUUCAGAUUCGCUGUGCAGCUCAGAAACUCUUUGCGAGUCUGGAGGAACAGAGACCAGGAUAUUUCAGUGACAUUAAAAACUCUGAGCUCCAGGCCAUCCCGGCUAUGCUGCUCAUCUAUCUACCAGUGGAGAAGAUUCAAAACCUGUCCGAUGCUGUGUGUCCUGCCUUCAUGGAGAAGAUGAAGGAAGCCAACCUGUCCUCUCUACCAAACAGCUCUCCAGCACGCAACGCACUUACCAAAAGAGCCAUCGGCUGCUUGAAGGGGAACGUGUCUGAUCUAUCUGCGGCAGAUGUUUUGACUCUAGGCCCUCUGGUGUGUGAAUUAGACCCAGCCUGGAUGUCCUCUCUGAACUCCGCGGCUCUGAACUCCACCCUGCAGGCUCUCGCAUCCUGUCAGUAUAUCCAGCAACAGCACAGAGAACAUCUGUUCAGGCUGCUUACAACCACCUAUGGGGAUCCUGCUUCCUGGUCAGAGGAAGAUAUGAGGGUGCUUGGGCCACUUUUGUUACUUAAUGACACUGCUGUUGAAAAACUGCCAUCCAAAAGCUGGAUAAUGUUAUACCUGUCAGAUCUGAUGGACAGUUUGCCCGGUCAGCCUGCAGUUCUUCCUCCAAAGGAGUUCCGCACUUGGUUUGAUCUCUCUGCACUUCGCCGCAAACUUUUUGAGCUCAAAACAAGUACCACACUACAAAGCCGCAGGAAGCGAGAAUUGGCAUCAGAGCCCACGAUCACUUAUAUUGAGGACCUCAAACAGGGGAAUGUAUACUGGACUCCCUCACAGUUCAGUAAAAUGACUGUGCAGACUUUUAAAGAUGCUGUGCCAACACUGGGACAAAUAGCCAACUACACCACAGAACAACUGACUGCACUCAAAGCAAAAAUUCUGGAGACAUGGGGGAGUGUUUCCAUGUUGAACGAGUCCCAGAUUGCUGAUUUGGGCUGCAUCUGCCAAAGCUUCAGUACUGAAGAGCUGGGCAAUCUCAGCAUUGCCUCACUGGACACUCUUGAGACACUGACCACCUGCAGCUUUACCCAGACACAGAGGACAGCUAUCUGGCAGGCUUAUGAAAAGGCGUCUGGAAUCAGCAUUGCUGGACUAGGAAAGCUGGAGAUGGUGGGACUGGGACAGUUUAUCUGUGGUCUACAACCUAGCCAGAUCGAUCAGCUCAAUUCCUCCAGCUUCAGGGAGGCGGCAGAUGUGGUGGGUCGUGCUCCUUGUCCUCCGAACAUUAGGGAUCGUCUGAAGGAAAAGGCAGUGGCCGCAUUUGGAAAACCAGAAACCUGGACUGAAGCUCAAGUCAGCAUUAUGGGCAACAUUAUUGCUGGUCUAAGUGCUGUUGAGCUGGGAGGUCUAAAUUCAACCGUUCUGCCAUUCAUUCAGCCAUCCGCCAUCCCUCUCAUACCCUCGGAUCGCUUAGCUGCACUGUCAGUCAGCCAGUUGAAGGCUUUGGGUCCUGACAAUGCUGCGGCCGUAACAGAGGCUCAGCGUGCAGGCCUGAAGGUCGAUCAAAGGGCUGCACUGGAUGAAGCUGUGGGACUGAAAACUGCACGUGCUGAAGUCCCCGCUGUAAACUCCACCGGAAUCUCCAAUCCAGGCUCUGGUGGAUCAGCCCCAUUGCCACUAAAAGGAGGUGCAGCAGUAGAAAGCAUGGCAGGAUUUGUCCUCCUCAUGCAGGCCAUUGCGCUGCUGUUGUUUGGAUACGUUCUGUAAGGAGCAGAUGCUAUGUGUCAGAUGGCAGAUUCAGAUGCUGAUGUAUGAUCAACCAGCAAACAAAUAGAUUUAAGAAAUGUUAUAAUUGCUUUAUUUCAAAACUAUAUUUAAAACUAUAUUUGAAAGUCACUGAUUGCACAUUUAAACUUUAGACUAAAGCCAAAGAUGGUGAGAUGGUGGUUUGAUAAAAUUUGGGUCUAGCCCAUCUUUAAUUAAUUAAAUGUAUUUUAGAGAGAAAUUAUAUUUGACUAUACUGCUAUUUAGCUAUUUUCAAAUGCAGAUCUAUUAUUCUAUGAGAGACUUUAAACACUGUGUAUACUUCAUUAAAAAUGUAGUUUUGUUAUGUUAUUUAAUUCCAGUUAAAUGUUUGCAUUAGAAGUUGUGUAAUCAUUUAUACGCAAACAAAAGGGUUAUUAAAGGUCUGUAGAGAAAAUAUGUGUGAGAUUUGAAUAGUCAAACAUUGUUAUCAGUAAUUUAAUUCCAGUUAAAUGUUUGUAUUAGAAGUUGUGUAAUCAUUUAUACGCAAACGUAAGGGUUAAUAAAGGUCUGUAGAGAAAA